GGCGGCAGCCCAGCAGUGGCGCUGCAGACGCCUGCCCGGUGCGCCUUCCGCGUCCCGACCGCGCCUCGCCCAGUCCAGUCCAGUCCAGUCCAGUCCGGCCCGGCCCGGCCAUGCUGUGGGAGCGCGUGCGGCGCCUGUCCGUGGAGCUGGACCGCCCGGCCGAGGCGGAGAUGGAGACGGAGGCGGAGGCGGAGGCGGCGUGGGCGCCGGGCGCGGCGGUGCGGGGCCGCGUGGUGCUGGAGCUGUCGGCGCGGGCGCGGGUGUCGGCGCUGCGGCUGAGCGCGCGGGGCUGCGCCCAGGUGCACUGGACCGAGUCGCGCAGCGCGGGCUCCAGCACGGCGCACACGCAGAGCUACAGCGACCGCCACGACUUCCUCGCGCACCGCCUCGCCCUGCUGCCGCCGCCGCCCGCAGAGCACGGCGCCGUCACGGAGCUGCCGGCCGGCAAGCACGAGUUCCCCUUCUCCUUCCAGCUGCCCGAGGCGCUGGCCACCUCCUUCGAGGGCAAGCACGGCAGCGUGCGCUACUGGGUGAAGGCCAAGCUGCACCGGCCCUGGGCCACCGUCAAGACGGCCAAGAAGGAGUUCACGGUCAUCGAGCCCAUCGACAUCAACACGCCCGCCCUGCUGGCUCCGCAGGCCGGCGCCAAGGAGAAGCUGGCCCGGGCCUGGUACUGCAACCGCGGGCAGGUCUCGGUGACCGCCAAGAUCGACCGCAAGGGCUACACCCCAGGCGAGGUCGUCCCCAUCUUCGCCGAGAUCGACAACGGGACGUCCCGCGCGGUGGUGCCCAGAGCCGCCAUCAUCCAGACGCAGACCUUCGUCGCCCGCGGCACCAAGAAGCAGAAGACGGUGGUGGUGGCCAGCAUGGCGGGCGACCCCGUGGCCGCGGGCCAGAGGGAUGUGUGGCACGGGCGCGCCCUGAAGAUCCCCCCCGUGGGCCCGUCCAUCCUGCAGUGCCGCGUCCUGCAAGUGGAGUACAGCCUCAAGGUGUGCGUGGACAUCCCUGGCACCUCCAAGCUGCUCCUGGAGCUGCCCCUGGUCAUCGGGACCAUCCCGCUGCACCCGUUCGGCAGCCGCACGUCCAGCGUCAGCAGCCAGUACAGCAUCAACCUGGACUGGCUCGGCGUGAUCCCCGAGCGGCUUGAGGCUCCCCCGGAGUACUCGGCUGUGGUGUCCAGCGAAGACGGUAUGCUGAGCCUGUCCCCGCCCAGCCCCGCGGGGCUCGGCCCCAUCCUGGAAGGCCCCUUCUUCCCCUACAUCCAGGAGUUCCGGUACCGGCCGCCUCCGCUGUACUCCGAGGUGGAUCCCAACCCCCCCGCCGAGGGCAUCCGGCCACGCUGCAUGACGUGCUGAAGGACGCGCUCGCACUGCCGCUGACUGCCACGGAAACCCCGUGGGGAUGAGAAGCUUGUGGGCUCCCCUGGCUUCUUCUGGAGCGGGAGAAGCACCCGAGAGGCGCUUGCGAGACUAGAGCGCCUGCAGCACCGAGAUCCUGCCUUUGCUCGCUGCCCUUGCAGCCACUCGUGAUGGGACAGGGCUGUCCCUGGACUGACGUCUUGCUCUGGAGCUGGAGGGUGCUGGGCCUGGACUUGCCUGGCCUGGGGCAGGUGGUGUGUGCCUCCCAGGCAGAGGAGGGUGGAGGGAAGUAAAUACUUCUGUAGGGCUGUCAGGUUCCCCUGGGCAGAGCCCGGCUCCGUCGAAACGGCCUCGGCACUGACCUGCUCCAGCAAACUCCGGUGAUGGGAAUUGUCUGGAUGCCUGGAAGGAGCGUGGGUUGGUCGUGCCUUGGUGGCGCAGGUGCAGCCUCUGCCUGCUGCCUCCUUACGACAGCGCCGGGAUCGGGGUUGGGGUCGUUCCUCGUUUCCUGCCACGCAGGGCCCUGCUGUUCUGCGCCUGUGAGCUUUAAGAUGUGGUGGGGCUGCCUGGCGCGGGGUCCGCAAACCGCACUGGGGCUCUGCACGGUGGAGAUGCCCCUGUGAUGCUAGGAGGUAUAGGGGUGCAGGAAACCCUCUGGGGAACUCCUGUGUCGCAAGUAGGCGCCACGCCUGUGCUGGUGCUCGCGGCCUCUGCCGCGUGCCGCUGGGAUCGCCUGCUCCGGCUGCAAAGGCUGAAAGAGGAGCUGGACCCGCUGCUGGUGACAGCUGUGCCGAUGGGAGGCCCCGCGUGCCUGUGGGGCCAGGUGUCCUGCAGUGGGUGCUCUGGGAAGAGCGGGAGUCCCACACAGUGUACCUGCAGCCCUGGGCUCGCUGCCCCGUGGGCGGCAGGAGUAGCUGUAGCAGCGCUGGGCACGGCGGGGGCUGGUGGCAUUGUGGUGCUGAAGCCCGGGGGGCAGAGGGGCUGUCACAGGCUGCAUGGGUGCCCGGGUUCAGGCUGGUCCCCUUGAGACGAACCCAGCGCUGCGGCCCGCUCCCACGGCGUGCUGCGAUGGGCUGAGUCUGCGUGGCCCCAGGUCGGGGCUGUGGCUUGUGCCCCUGCAGCGAGCCACCGCCACGGGCCUCACCAGCUCACUUCCACGGCAGCCCGCCGGCUCUGCUGGGGGCUGUCCAGGCUGCUUUUGAGCUUCCUGAAAGUGUUUUAUAAAGAACUUUUUUUUGGUUUUUUUGUCUGUAGUGUUCCUACUUUUGUACACUGAGAUUUGGAAAUAAAACCUGAAAGAAAAAGUCUA